UUGCAAUAACGUAUGGUGGUCGCGUCGGGCGCAGGGCGAGAGUGGGCGACCUCAUAUAGCCGGCGCGGGAGGCGGUUCCUUUAUUUGUUGGUAGUGCGUCGCGUGCUAGUGACGUGCCCGGGACAUCAUGCGGACACUGCUGAUAUGUAUGUUGUGCGCAGUCACAGUUUAUGCGCAAUAUGACGGACCCGCUCCUCCAAGACUGCAAAUACCGGGAGCCAUUCCGAUCGGUGGGCCCAUCAGACAAGGAGGAUUCAGGCAGGCGAGACUGCAGGCUGCACCAGUGGCCGGCCCCGUGCCACGUAUCAGACGGCCCGGCCUAGGACGACCCUCAUUCAAGUCCGUAGAAGCCACACCCCGCCCCAGCUUGCAGUCUCUCGACGAGCUCGCUAAGCCCGUCACCGAGGAGCCAGAAGACGAAAUUGAGAUCAACACCCCGACUGCAUUCUCACCCAACUUGUUUUCGACACCCGAGCCUCAAAACGAUUACUUUGAUUUCACGACCACAUCUCAACCGAAACCGCCGAUAGCUUUUAAUCCAGCGCCAUUCCAACAAUCUACGCCUACACCACCUAAACCUGAGCCAAUUAGACCCACACAAUACAGACCUUUACUAGCACCGCAAAAUUUCAAUCCAGUAAGAAACGAGCCCGCGAAACCUCAACGACUUCAGCCCCUCAGCAGCAGGCCACAACGCCCUGUAUUCAGGCCAGAAACGAGACCAUUCCUGGAAGAGGAUGACGCGCCAGCGCCGCCGCCGCCCGUCAGGCAAUACAAUCGCCCACAGGAACCGAUCCGUGCCCCAGUAAAGUCCGUCCCGCAGCAAAAGUACACUCCUAGCCACAACAGGGAAAAGAAACCCGUGGCACAAAUCAUCCGCAAAUUCAGGGAAGAAAAUGAAGACGGUAGCAUCACGUGGGGCUUCGAGAACGACGAUGGAUCUUUUAAGGAAGAGACUAUUGGCGUUGACUGCAUCACGCGAGGUAAAUACGGGUACGUUGACCCUGAUGGCUUGAAGAGAGAAUAUAAUUAUGAGACUGGUAUUGCAUGUGACAAAAACAAGGAAACACAAGAAGAGAAAGGCUUCAUAGAUUACCAAGAAAACAAGGCUGUCCUGCCUAAUGGUAUCACCAUUGAUCUCAAUGCCAUGGGUAAAAAGUCUAAGAGGCCAUUCAGAUCGCCCAGUCUCCACUAGAAUAAGCUAAUUACAGUAGAAUAUUUAUUUUAGGAGAAUCUAAUUUUAAGAAUGUUUUCGUUGUCUUGUCAUUUAAGUGUUAUAAAACACAAAUAACAUUUCUAUGACUUCAGGUGGUUUUAAAUGUGCCUUGAUCAAUAAUGAGAGGUGGAAAUAAAGUACUAAAUACUUAAAA